AUGUUCACCCAGUUAUAUUUUUCUUCGCAGCCAUUGCAUGAAUCACCAGAUCACAAUUCUUCAUACAGUCAUCAGAAUGGUAUUAGUGGUCGCCUUUUUUCGGGGGCAGAGGCCAUUGAUUCUGCAAAAUGUCUCGUUAAUCAUAUCUUAUUCGGAAUGCAUGUCCCAACAAGUUAUCUGCUUUGA